GGUGAUGAGCAUCGCAGUGGCGUUGCCAGCCCCAAUCUACAGCUCUGUAGUUCCUGAUCCAGCAAACGCUACACAACUCUACUGUGAGUAUAAUUCCACUGAGGGAUAUUUUACCGUCACGUACGAACAGAACUGUUUUUUUGUGUGCGCCUUUUUGAUCAUGGGGUUUUUCUACGUCAGAAUCCUGCAGACCGUCUUCAAGACGAGGACGAAAAAGAGACACCGUACUAUCAGACUCAUCUUCUGCAUCGUAGUCACGUUCUUUCUCGGUUGGGCUCCUUAUAACCUGGUGAUUUUUCUGCACACCUUUACUCAUCAUCAGAUCGAGUUUUUCACCAUCUGUGAGGUCACACAUCAUCUCGACUACGCCGAGUACGUCAGCAAGCUGCUGGCGUUUUCACACUGCUGCCUUAAUCCCGUGUUUUACGUUUUCGUCGGCGUGAAAUUCAGGAAUCAUCUAAAGGAGAUUCUGCAGAAGAUUCUUCAGACACCUCCGAACAAGGACAUGCAACAAACACGAACUGACACCAUUCAGUCUCACGGCUCCUUGUGCUCAAAUGGCAACAACUGCAGAGGCCAUUCCACUACCGUCUGAGUCAGUGUAAAUAUAUGCACGAAUAAUGUCAAUGAUUUAUCUAACGCUUAAAUAUGUGGAGGCUGAAGCUUUUUUUUUUUUUUUUUUUUAAAUACAAAGGAUGUAAAGAUGUAUGUAAAGAUGUAGCAUAUACAGCACUUAAAAAAAUAUUAAAAGUGGAUGUCUGGAGUUUUUUUCCUUAGCUAAAAGCAAAUUUGAGAUUUCAUUUCGAUCCAGAAUAACCAUAAACUGCUUUUGAGACAACCUAAGUAUAUUGGUGCCUUAUAUAAAAACCCCACAAUCGCUUUUAAAAAGGUGUUCUAAUGUCAUCUAGAGGGAAAUCAUAAACAUGCAUGACUGGGGUGUUAAAGGCAUCUGAUAUAGUUUUGAGUGUACAUUUCCAUUGUGCGUAUCUAAGUGACCGUGUUGUUAUUAGAGAACUCGAGACUUCCCAUUUGAUCAGCAAAUAAAUAUACAUAGAUCCGAUUCAGAAGCGAUUCGAUUCAUAAAUAUAGAUCCGAUUCAGAAGCGAUUCAAUUCAUAGACAUAGAUCCGAUUCAGAAGCGAUUCAAGUCACAGACAUAGAUCCGAUUCAGAAGCGAUUCAAUUAAUAUACAGAUCCGAUUCAGAAGCGAUUCAAUUAAUAGACAGAUCCGAUUCAGGAGAGAUUCAAUUCACAGACAUAGAUCCGAUGCAGAAGCGAUUCAAUUAAUAGACAUAGAUCCGAUUCAGAUGCGAUUCAAACUCAAGCGAUUCAAACUGCUUCCUACAUGAAUAUUCAUGAAAUCAAAUUGCUUAGAACUAAACUUAAGCAAAUGUUUUAGCUGAAUGGUGAUUAGCUGAGCACUCUUUACUAAAGCACAUCCCCCUGUCUGAUGAAAGGUUAAACCACAUGAUAACACAUUUGUUGAUGUCUUCAUUGGUCAUUUGGAAGGUAACUGGGUUCUUUCUUACUAUACUUUGGAUAUAUGCAUUAUAUUUGAAAGAAAGAGAGAAACUGUUAUUGUUUUUGUAUAUAUUUUAGUUUGUUUAGAUGUGUCAUUUCUAAAGCACUUUGGGCGACGUCAGCCGAGUCGAUUUUUCCUC